AUGAAUGAAGAGUCGUUCGGGACGGGGGCACUGGAUCAACCACGACAAGUUAUUGAUCUGGCUUAUGCACCUAGUGGUGACGGCUUGCAGCAAAGCAGCGAACGAACGCACCUCAGAAACGACGAGCAGGGAGCCGCCAGCACUCACCCGGAUGGCUUUCACCUUGAAAGUCUUCAGCAGCGAUUCGCCCAAACAUUGAGACUCGGAAUUUCUGCCAAGCCGCCUGCGUACAUCGAUUCGGAAGACGACGAUGUCCUUGUGGAUACUUGCAAGCACGGAAGGAUGGUUCCACCUCCGCUUCCGCAUCGCGCAAAGGUCAACCUCAUGUUCAGGUUCGAAAAGAAUACAGCCUAUUCAUGUCUCAGAGAAGACGAGGUGCACCAAAUUGCUUUCAAUGCCUCCCCUGAGUCACUUGUCGCCGUUCUGCAAGCGGCUUGUACUCGUGUCUGUCAAGAUCAGUAUGCCGACCUGCUCGGAGAACUGCUUCGGAUUGGACUUGACUUGGAUAUGAAUGCUUUCAUCUCAUUCGGUGACGGCAGAGACGACUUUAUCAACAAGGAUCAACUUGGGCGAUUCCGAUGGCGAUGCAUUGCUGAUCUUUUCCCAAUAUCAAUCGAUUCAUCGAGGGACUUUGAAAUUCCUAUCAAGAUCAAGGUUUCAGUGGUCAAUAAAUUAGAGCCACUUCCGUCGCCAGCCUCCAUUGACAUCUGGAAGCAGCAUCGUCUAGGAUGGUGCGAAGGAAUUGGGAACCGGAACUUUGGAGAGGACGCCGCUUAUGGAACAGCCGACAACCCAAAGAUGCGAGGAAAGGUUGCAUUUGGCAACCGACUGCGCGACCUGGUCGCCAAGAAGCCAAAAGGGUAUGAUUGGAGAGCUGAUAGCCCGAUAUCAAUGGCUCGUUUGUUCGAUUCUGAGUCGGAGCGGCAAUGGUGGAUUGAUAUUUGGGUAAUGCCGCAGUCAAAGGGUCUGGGUACAUAUAGAAGGCUGGCGAAGAAGGGCGGCGCAGGAAAGAAUCUUGCGGCUUUUCUUGAUCCUGCUAUGGUAGAGGAGGGUGAUCGGAAGUUGUGGGUCGAGGCACACCUGCUGGGGCCGAAGAAAGAGGAUGGCUUCUAA